UGUUGCUGUGCCCGCGUGUUUGGACGUCCCUGGAGAAUGGGCGCGUGUCGGAGCGACCCUCGGGUCCACCAGUAGAGGGCACCGUGCUCCACUACAGCUGCCUGCCUGGCUUCAUCCUCGUAGGCCGGAACUCCUCCCACUGUAACAAACUGGGGAAAUGGAACACCCCCAAGCCUGUCUGCCACUAUGACAGACACUACACAGGCAAGAAGAAACUCUACAUUGGAGCUCUGUUCCCCAUGAGCGGAGGAUGGCCCGGGGGACAGGCAUGUCUUCCUUCCGCUCAGAUGGCGCUCGACUUGGUGAACAAGAGAACUGAUAUACUGCCAGACUACGAGUUGGAACUCAUACACUAUGAUAGCAUGUGUGAUCCAGGAGAGGCUACCAAACUACUGUAUGACCUGCUCUACACGGAGCCCAUUAAGAUUGUCCUGAUGCCUGGCUGCAGCUCUGUAUCCACCCUGGUGGCCGAGGCUGCGCGCAUGUGGAACCUCAUAGUGUUGUCCUACGGCUCCAGCUCUCCCGCCCUCUCCAACCGGCAGCGCUUCCCCACCUUCUUCCGUACCCACCCCUCCGCCACCCUGCAUAACCCCACCCGCGUGCAGCUCUUCCAGAAGUGGAAGUGGACCAAGAUCGCCACCAUCCAGCAGACCACAGAGGUCUUCACCUCAACUCUGGAUGAUCUGGAGCAGAGGGUGAAGGAGGCAGGUAUCGAGAUCAGCGUUCGCCAGAGCUUCCUCACAGACCCUGCUGUGGCUGUCAAGAACCUCAAGCGCCAGGAUGCCAGAAUCAUAGUUGGCCUCUUCUAUGAGACGGAAGCCAGAAAAGUGUUCUGCGAGGUGUACAAGGAGAAGCUGUUUGGGAAGAAGUAUGUCUGGUUCCUGAUUGGCUGGUAUGCGGACAACUGGUUUAAGAUCAAGGACCCCUCCAUUAACUGCACCAUUGAGCAGAUGACAGAGGCUGUCGAGGGCCACGUUACCACGGAGAUAGUCAUGCUCAACCCGGAGACUGUACGAGGAGCCUCCAACAUGACCUCUCAGGAAUUUCUGGGUCAGCUGAUGUCUAAGCUCGGGGGGAAGAACCCAGAGGAGACGGGAGGCUUCCAGGAGGCUCCUCUGGCUUAUGAUGCUGUGUGGGCCCUGGCCCUGGCCCUAAACAAGACGGUGGGACCCCUCAAAGCCAAGGGCCGCCGAUUGGAAGACUUCAACUACAACAACCGAGACAUCACCGCCGAGAUUUACCGUGCACUCAACACCAGCUCCUUCGAGGGAGUAUCUGGUCAUGUGGUGUUUGAUGCACAGGGUUCCAGAAUGGCCUGGACUCUUAUUGAGCAGCUACAAGGAGGGAGCUAUAAGAAGAUUGGAUACUACGACAGCACUAAAGGCAAUCUGUCCUGGUAUGGGAAUGACAAGUGGAUAGGGCCGGGACCCCCUGCAGACCAGACUGUGGUCAUUGAGGAGUUCCGUUUCCUCUCCCAGAAACUCUUUGUGUCUGUGUCGGUGUUUGCUGGACUGGGGAUUCUACUGGGCAUUGUCUGCCUCACGUUCAAUAUCUACAACAGCAACGUCAGGUACAUCCAGAACUCACAGCCCUAUCUGAACAACAUGACUGCGGUGGGGUGUAUGAUGGCCUUGGCAGCUGUGUUUCCCCUGGGCAUCGAUGGGCUCCAUGUCCACAGGAAGCAGUUCCCUGUUGUCUGCCAGUUUCGCCUGUGGUUGUUGGGCUUAGGCUUCAGUCUUGCCUACGGAAGCAUGUUCACCAAGAUCUGGUGGGUCCACACCGUGUUCACCAAGAAGGAUGAGAAGAAGGACAAGAGGAAGCACCUGGAGCCAUGGAAGCUGUAUGCCACUGUGGGGGUGUUGCUAGGCAUUGACGUGCUGUCGCUGAUGAUCUGGCAGAUUGUGGAUCCUUUGCACAUCACAGUGGAGAAGUUCACCAGGGAGGCCCCUAAAGGGGACUUGGAUGUUCUGAUCCAGCCUCUGCUGGAGCAUUGCAGCUCAGAGAAGAUGAACACUUGGCUGGGGGUUGUGUAUGGCUACAAGGGCUUGUUGCUCCUCCUGGGGAUCUUCCUGGCUUAUGAAACCAAGUCCAUAUCCACAGAGAAGAUCAACGACCACCGAGCCGUGGGGAUGGCCAUCUACAACGUAGCUGUGUUGUGUAUGAUCACGGCUCCAGUCACCAUGAUCCUGUCGUCGCAGCAGGACGCUUCCUUUGCCUUUGCCUCGCUGGCCAUCGUCUUCUCUGUCUACAUCACCCUGGUGGUGCUCUUUGUCCCCAAGAUGCGGAGGCUAAUCACACGGGGGGAGUGGCAGUCUGACACCCAGGAGACCAUGAAGACAGGCUCGUCCACCAACAACAACGACGAGGAGAAGUCCAGGCAGCUGGAGAGAGAGAACAAGGAGCUGCAGAAGAUCAUCCAGGAGAAAGAAGAAAGGGUGUCAGAGCUCAGGAACCAGCUGUCUGAGAGACAAGCCCUCCGCUCCAGAAGACGACCAUCCACCACCAACCAGAACCACAGCUCGACCCCUCUGCCCAUUCUCCAGAGCGACCCCAAAUCCCUGGUGCCCCCACCGGGCUACCCUCUCCCAGCCUCCGACAACCACUCGCUCCCUCCCUCCUUCUCCAAUUCCUCCAACCUCUACCAGCCCGAUGGGAAGAUCAGCCGCAACAACUGUCACACCAGCAGGCUCCAGUUGCUCUACAAAUGAGAUGGAAAACUGUGUGUGUGUGUGUGUGAGUGAGUGAGUUGGUAUGAGUAGUGGUAUGAGUCAGUGGUAAAAUGAGUCAAUGAGGGAGCACAAGGAAGAGAGAUGAGAAUGGUGAGGUAAAAGAUGGAGGCGGAUGUUGCAAUGAGGGUGUGUAGAGGUGUCAGGAGUGCGUAGAUUAGUAAUCGAUGAAGCAACAUGUUGUCCGGUGGUAAUCAAAUCAGAGCGGCCCAAAAACUACAACAAAAGAGCUGGUUUUGGAUUAAGGGGGACUGAGGCAGGGCCUGGAUUCAGAGGGGAGGUUAGAAAGCACAUAUGUUAUUUUUUUCCCCCUCUCUCCCUGGCUCCAAACAAUUGAAUUGAUACCAUAUUUCUGUGUUGGUAGGAGGUUCUUUCUUUGUUCUAAGAUUCCAAGUAAAUCAUGGUUAUGCAGCUGUCUUCUCUGCAUCAUUAAGGAAGAGUCACCUGAGAUUUGUGAAUAUAUUGCUCAAGACUAAAGGGAGUUCUUCAUUGUUCUCGCACAUUUGUUGUAAAUAUUGUUACCAAAAGGUGUGUUUAUGGACACUGCAAAGUAAGAUAUUGGCUAUGAAUAGAAUACAGCAGAGCUUUUAAACAUCACCCUUUUGUUAGACCAGCGAUUGAUUGUAGGCUACACAAAAAGACCCUGCAAAUGA